AUCCAUUUGAAUUUUCUAAUACCAGCGUGCAUGAAAUGCAUCCCUUUCGAGAUCAAUUAGGGCAAUGAGCGACCACCCCCGGCUGAGGAACCUCCGCUCCACCGCGGCGAUCCUCAACACCGCCAACGCCUCCUUCAACUCCAAGCCCGUCCUGUUCCUGUUCCUCUCCCUCCUCCUCUUCUCAUUCCGUUCAUUUGUCGAGACCGGAUCCUACCAAGUCAUCUCCUACAUCGACAGCGAUCCUACCCUCAGAUCCCUCCUAUCCCGCCGCGACCACCCCUCCCCUGCCUCCGCCUCCCGCCUCCAGCUCCGCCACGACCGCCGCCGCCGCCCCCUCCUCCACCUUACCCGCGUCGGCAACAUCGACGACGACCUCUUCUCCGAGGCCACCGCCAGUGAUCCUCUCUUCCCCUUCUCCCCCAGAGUGCUCAACUCCCCUAAUGGCACCACCCUCGUGAUCCUGUCCAAUUUCAGGGCAGAUUUCCGCUUCCAAGAAAUCGUGCGCCCCGGCGUCAAAUUGAAGGUCCAGGAUAGUCUGCGGUUGUCACCAGACAGCAGCGAAGUGGAUGAUCACCAGAAUGUUGAUAAACCAGGUGAGCAAGAAUUCAAGAGAGCGGUUGACUUGCAAUUCUUCAUCAAUGAUUUGGAGCUGGGUCACCCCGAGGCGGCCGCGUUCUUCUCCCUCAUUAGCUUCUUAUCUGCAGCUUAUGCUUGGGUCAUUCUUGGGUUCCUGGUCAUAUAUUCUUGGGCAUAUGGUGCCGUGUUUGUCGCCGUUGUUAACGAUCUGAUGGGGAGGUUCCGUUCAUUCUAUGGGGUUUUAUGGGACGGCUCCAGACUUGGCCUCGAGAGGCUCCCAGGUUUCAUCUUGAUGCGCUGGGCGGUCCUGGAUACUCUGACCCAGCUUCUCGGCUUGUGGUUUUUCGGGGAAAUGGAGGAUCAGUACUCUUUCUUCAAGUUGUUUGUGAGGCUAAAGUUGAUGCCUUUCUCCGUCAUGUUGCCGUGGGUCCAGGGCAUUAAUAGGGAGAUCUCCUGGUUCUAUUUUGUGCGGCACUUGACCGACACACUGAUUGGAUGUGUGUUUGCGUUGGACUCGUGGAUUGCUAUAAUAGAUUCGAGGAAGAGCGGGAGGGAGAUUGUUAAAGAAGGUUGUUUCUUGGUACUGACAAUGUUUAGUCAGGCCGUCCAGUUGAGAUGCCUCGAGGAAAUCCUCUGUGGCGAUCAUUUGAGGUGGAUGUUUGAUCAAGCGUUGGGGAGGGUCUUUGCUUCAGUUCUUCAGUCGACCUUGGAAGUCUACUUUAUGGUGGUGUGGCUGUUCUUUUACUUGUCAACGAGAUGCAGGGGUGCUAAUUCUGAGGGGAGGAGAUUCGAGCUGAGAGAACUUGCAGCAGCCUUUCUGGGUGUGAGUUGAUCCUCAGCGGAAACCCUUGCUUGUAAGCGUUUUAGGGUUACUUGGUACUGACAAUGUUUACUCCGGCCGUUCCCUUGAGAUUCCAGAGGAGGAAAUCAUCUGUGGGGCUCAUGCAUGGUGGAUGUUUGAUCAAGCCUUUUUUUUUUUUUUGGGGGUGGGGGGGUUUAUUUUGUUUGGUUCUUUGCUUCAGUUCUUCGGUCGACCAUGGAAGCCUACUUUAUGGUGGUGUGGCUGUUCUUUUACUUGUCAAUGAGAUGCAGGGGUGCUAAUUCUAAGUGGAGGAGGUUCGAGCUGAGAGAACUUGAAGCAGCCUUUUCGGGGUAGGAUUCCCGUUGUAUAUUUUCUCAGCAAUUGGUUGUAUAUGUCUCAACUUUUGCCUCUUAGUGAAUUAUAGAUUACUCAACUUCCCUUGUUCCUUA